ACCCGCAAGGGCAACAAUCUCGUCCACCUCGCAGCGGAGUCGGGCCACAAGGACUUCAUCCAGCAGGUCCUCCGGAAGUGCCCCCUGCUCGCAGCCAAGCCCAACUCCUGCGGCGACACGCCACUCCACGUCGCAGCGCAGAUAGGCCGCUCUCACAUCGUGGAGGCCAUCCUCUCCAAGGCCAAGCUGCACGGGGGACGCCCACCACCGAGACGCCAGGCACGCGGCAGAUGAAGGAGAUGGAAGAUGGGGGCGUGGCCGGGAUCAAAAGCAGCUUGCUGAGGUUGAAGAACAAGGGAGGGAACACAGCGCUGCACGAGGCGCUGAGGAGAGGGGAUAAGAAGAUGGGGAUGUUACUGUGGAAAGAAGAUAGAGAGAUGGUGGGGAGCGUGAAUGAGGCCGGCGAGAGCGCAUUGUUUGUGGCGGCGGAGUUGGGGAUUGAGAAAGUGGUGGUGGAGAUGGUGGAGUUCUUGGACAUGCACCGGGAAGUAGGCGUUUGGCAUGGCGCUUUGAGUGGCCCGGACGGCCAGAACCCCUUGCAUGCUGCUGUUCUCGCUGGAAGCUGGGGUUGCGUGGAAGCUCUCAUACAUCUCCAAGGAUCGAAUAUGAUCAACAAGCCCGACAAUGACGGAAGAACAGCCCUGCACUUCGCAGCAAAAGCCAAAGAGAAAGACAUCGCCGCUCUCCUCCUCCGAACCGACCCUUCUUCGGCCUACGCUCGGGACCUCACCCAUGGCCGAACCCCGUUGCUCGAAGCCGCCCUGUCGGGCCACCUCUGCGUUAUGAGAGAGAUCCUCGAGCACUGUCCCGACACGGUCGAGAUCGCCGACGAGGAGGGUCAGAAUGUGGUUCACCUGGCGCUGAAGUGCGGGCCGAGCCACUCUAAGGAGGUGUUGAGGUUGCCCGAGCUGGUGAGGCUGGUGAACGAAACCGACGGUUGUGGGGACACGCCACUGCACGCGGCGGCUAAGGACCAUAACUACAGAAUGGUGAAGACGUUGCUGAAGAUUCCUGGGGUGGAUCUGAGGGCCAAGAAUGCCGAUGGCCUCACGUUCCUGGAUAUUUGCGAGUCUCAGUGGCAACACACCAAGAAGAAGGAAUACCUCUACCGAUACCUGAAGUCCCUCCCGGCCGGCCGAAAGUCUCACACCUGGAACCACUCCGCCAACCGCCUCAACCCCCUCGACAAGCCCGAAGCCGACCUCAAGGGCCACGCCAAUGCCCUCUCUGUCGUCGCCACCCUCCUUGUUACCAUCACUUUUGCCGCUGCCUUCACAUUGCCUGGCGGUUUGAUAGAUGACGACAGUGGCGCUCAUCCACCGCAGCCAUCCCCCUCAUACAACUUCCACAACUCUCGUGGCCACGCCAUCCUCAUCUGCCAACCCGCAUUCAAGGUCUUCAUCCUAGCUGACGUCCUCGCCGUCUCUGCUUCCCUGAUGGUCCUAUUCAUCUUGAUCUCGGCCAUGCUUGCCGACCAGACAGUCUCGAAGAGGGCCAUCGUGUACAGCAAGAAGCUGCUCUACCUCUCCCUCGGGGGGACCUUGGUGGCCUUCGUGAUGGGGCUGUACAGCGUCAUAUCGACCAACGUUGAAUGGUUGGCGGUUGCCGUGUGCGUCAUCGGAUCGACCGUCCCAUUCCUGAUCAAGUAUUUCCAGGUCAAGAGCUUCACUUCUACUCCUGUGUUUCUUAAUCGGUUCCUCAGCAAGAAGGGCUCGAAGCGGAUAGCACCCGAGCCGCAGAGUCAGAUUGAGAGGGUCAGAGAUGAAUCUGAGUGCUUCGAUGAAGCAGCCAAACGUGAAGCACGUCCUGUUCAGCUGAGGCAACUUUCUAGGCGCAUCCCGUCAGGCAGAUUAAAGUGAUAUACAUAUACAUAAGGUUUUACGUUCCAAGCACCUCCUGUAUUCCUUUUUUGUUGCUUUUAGGUUAUCGUUGACUUGUCUCGUUUUUACCUAACUCAGAACUCAUAUUCAUCAUUCCGCGCGCUUGCCCAAAUAGGUUUAGUUAUGCACUACGCACUCAAAGUCGUCUUGACAUUCAUAGUGAAAGUUGAAACAAUUUUCUUCUUU